CAGAGAAAGGGAAGGCUGAGACUUUAUUUUCGUAUUGAUCACGGUACAGUGUAGGUGGUGGCUGGAGGAUCCGAGCUGUGUGGAGUUUUGCCACACCUGGCGCAUUAUUGACAUCGUAAACACGGACGGUGACACUCGGAAUGUACAAUGUGGGAACAGAAUUCCUCCUUCUGCUUGACGUAGGCUAUCAGUAAUGACAAAACAAACAAGGGGUUGUGUAAAGCUAGGGGUACGGCGGACAGACGCUGGGGGGUACGACAUCAUCCCCGCGGGGGAAGGGGACAUCGAGAAUCACACCUACAUACGGUGUUGACUGUUUGCCGACGAUGGAAGAGUCGGCCCUGACGCUAGGGGUGACAUCAAACUACACCAAAUACGACAGCACAGAGACGCUCAUCUCCGAUGAUGCGGGAAAGAACUACGGCGGUAUGACUGCAGACCUUAGCAACAACCUGGGCUACCGACUGCGCAGGCGGAAGGAAGUCCUCAGCCAGCGGAAGCUCAUCGUUGACAUCAGCUUCGUGCUUGGCGUGCUGGGGAUCGGAUUUGUGAUAAUAGACACAGAACUUAUUUUCAAUCAAGUGACUUCUGCGGACUCGGGGUUAUCAACAGCAUUGCGUGUGUUGACCUCAGCUACGACGGGAGCACUUCUCCUGGCGGUGGUGGCCUAUCAUGUUAUAGGGCUCCGAUUGCACAUGGCUCGCGCGGGAUUCUCCGACUGGAGGUUGGCUAUGACGGGUAACAAAUGGAUUAAACUCAUCUUUGAGCUGAUCGUGUGUAUGAUUCAUCCUCUGCCGUUCUUAGACAUUCCAAUACAGACUGUAUCAGUCGCCUCACAAGGGAAUACCCUGAAGACGUCAACGAUCCCAAUCAACGCAAUUCUGACAAUCCUCAUGUUUCUCCGGCUUUACCUGUUUGGGCGUUUUAUUGUUGUACACAGUAAACUCUUCCUGGAUACUUCAGUUCAAAGUCUUGGGGCUCUCAGUCGCGUCAAGAUCAACGCCCAGUUCGUGUUCCGUGCGCUCAUGUCCACCAUGCCCGGUGUCGUGCUGACCACGGUGAUGUUUGGGAUGUUCAUCAUCAACAGCUGGAACCUCCGCGUGUGUGAGAUGUACACCAGCCCCGUCGAGGACGACCUCGCCAGCUUUCCUCAGGCCAUGUGGCUCACAGCCGUCACCUUCCUUACCGUCGGCUAUGGAGACCUCUUCCCACACAGCUACUGUGGCCGCCUUAUAGCGGGGUGGACCGGCCUUAUGGGGGUCGGAAUCAUGGCACUCUCUGUUGCUGUCCUUGCCAAAAACUUAGAACAGUCUCGCUCAGAGAAGUAUGUGCAUACAUUUGUACAGCAAAUAGCUUUGGACAAAAAGCGUAAACACGCAGCAGCGAACAUUAUUAAACAGAUGAUCAGGAUAUAUAAAAUGAGGAAGGCAAAGCUUCCUGAGAGGUCCUCGCAAAUGCUACUCCACAGGACCAAGCUGUUGAAGGCCAUCAGGUCCAUGCAUGAGGCACAGUUCGUGAAGAUCCACCUGCAGGAGUGUACAGUGGGGCCGGUAGAACUAGCCACGGGGUUGAACGACAUGCAGGCGUGCAUCAAGUCUGUCCAAGAGGAGCAGAAGCAUCUGGGUCAGAGGAUCGCCACCAUAGAAGCACUGUCUCUCAGCAUGAGUGCACAGGUUCUGGAAAUCAAGGAGAUCAUAGCCAAGAAGAAGAUAUUCUAGGAGGAGACGACGACAACGACUACGAACAUGCGAGUGAUGAUUCUGAAUACAACAACGGUGAUCAUGAAAAUCAGGUGUCCACGGUGUUUACGGAGUUUCGAUAAAGGUGAUGAUGGUGUUGAUGACUGCUAAUAACGUCAACGUUUCCUGAGAGAUUCUGAAGAGGAUGUUGGUGAUAAUGCAGAGGAUAAUGGCUACCGUGAGAUUCUGAACAAUGUUAAUAACGACGAUAUCGCUCAUUAUGAAGCUCCGAAGAGGAUGACGAUGAUGAUGACGAUAAUGAAGAUUGAGAGCUCUGUUAGAAAGGCGAUAAUAGAGAUCAUAAGAUUCCAGUGAUGAUAGUACCGAUGAUGUUAACUCCUGGAAUUCUUCAAGACAAGACGGAAUAACGGCCGGAUUGCACUUACUGUGAGAUCGGUGCACAUGAUGCCAAUCACUGGAGUCUCUGACAUAUGGCUGGAAUAUUGCUGAAUAUUUCGUUAAAUAAUAAACAAUACACCGUGCACCUGUUGUGGUGAAACAUUAGUGAGCAUUACAGGGAGGGAGAUGUUGAUGUUAUGAAACAUUAUUGAGCAUUACAGAGCGAGAGAAGCCAUGCGCUUGGCAAUGAAUACAGAAGACAUCCUAUGACUUAAAAACUAGUCGGUCGAGUUAAAAUGUUAUGUCCUUCUUCAUCAGUGUAGUGUAAUGAUGCAAGCACAGAGUUACUAGUCCGUUCGCUAGGAUACAUUAUCUUCUUUAAUGAGUUUCCACAUAAAAUGCACUGGGUGUUUGGAAUCGUGCAACUACGUGCACAUUAGUUGCUGAAUAAAUAAUCAUCGCCAUUCACUAACCAUUCAUACUUAUAAGGGGAGUGGUUUUUUAGAAAUAUUGAUUUUAUGAACA